AUGGAAUCGAUGAAAGUUUAUUUCUGUCAGAAAAACAUCGGCCCGCUCUUCGAAGCUUUAUUGGCCGGUGUCGCCGUCAACCAGCCAGCCGAUGUUGUGGACUAUUUGAAAAAAUGCCUCAGCGAGAUUCACGACGGCCCCAAAUCUGCCACCACUACCACAGCCACUACUACAGCCAUUACCACAUCCACCAUUAAUAAUAACAAUACUAAUAAUAACAAUAAUAAUAAUACCAUAGGUAUUUCGGCCGGUAUAGACCCAGCGUAUGCAAAUAGCAGAAAUUCUAGCAGCGUAGGUGCUGGCAAUGAAAAAACCUCAGGUGACAUUAGUGGAAGUGGCUUGGAAGGUACCGGUGGUGGUGAUAAUAGUAACGAUAGUGAUGAUGAUGAUAUAUCGAACAUCACGUGGGAUAGGUUCAUAAGAGGGAUAGGAGGUGAUAGAAAGACGCAAAGGAAGAAAACGGGUGGUUGUGGUGGCGGUGGUCGUGGUGGUGAUGAUGAUGUCGGUGGCAGUGGCGGUGAUGAUAAUGAUGGCGGUAAGUUGUUGAGAAGAGAGAGUAGUGUAAAGAGAGAGGGGUACAUCGAUCGAUUGAUUGAAGAGGUCCUGAUGAAAUCAAUGGAGCAGUUGAGAGCUGAAGCGGGCGGUGACCUUGGCGGUGACCUUGAUGAAGGUGGCGACAUUGAAGAUGAUAUCAAGAGAAGCAAUGGUGAUGAUGCAGGCCUUGGUCAUUCAUAUCCGUGA